CAGGAACAUGAUGAUCCUAUGGCUUACAUCCACUUCACUGCUGAGGGGGAAGUAACUUUCAAAUCCAUUUUGUUUGUUCCUAAUUCUGCUCCACGUGGCCUGUUUGAUGAAUAUGGAUCCAAAAAAAGUGAUUUUAUAAAGCUGUAUGUUCGAAGAGUAUUCAUCACAGAUGACUUCCAUGACAUGAUGCCCAAAUAUCUCAACUUUGUUAAGGGUGUUGUGGAUUCUGAUGAUCUUCCUCUGAAUGUAUCUCGUGAAACACUGCAGCAGCAUAAGUUGUUAAAG